AUGUCUCGAUCACAAAACGCAGUAGAGCUUUGCGCUUUGCUCGUCGACGAGACAUAUGGAGAACUAACUUCCCGCAUAUUCAUAAUUCUGCUUCGAAGGGGAAAAUUGCCAAUAUCUGAAAUAUCGAGACACACUCGUCUUGGUCCGAAAGCGACCCGAAAUGGUCUCGCCGUCCUCAUCCAGCAGAACCUCGUUUACUACCAUACGGGGAAAACGGGCUCCACCUUCUACGAAGCCAACGAUGGCGCCGCAUAUGCUUUGGCUAGGUCUGGGAAAGUCAUCGAGUUUGUCGAAAGCAGAUACGGGGCCUUUGCGAGAGAUGUGGUCCAAAAUUUAUUUCUAUUUGGCCAUACCAAAGUCUCUGACCUUGCUGAAGCUUACGCAUCUCAGCAAAAGCAAGCGGCCAAGGGCAAGAGCAACGGGCACUCUGCUGCUAAUGGUGUCAAUGGUCACACGAAUGGCAAUAUUGGAUCUGGUGCGCAUAUGGAUGGACUAUUAGUUGAGCUUCUAGAACUUGGUCUAAUCGAGCCUGUCGUUCAGCGCAUGUUCCGAAACCCGGCUGACAUUAAAGACGAGUUGGAGGCAGACAUUACCACGAACGAAAUCGCAGGUGGCAGUAUCAAAGGCAGCUCCAAGAAAAAGGAGCAGCUCCAUGGAAUCCUCGACGAACGUUUGAAAAGAAUAGAGGCGGAAGACCGGGAAUGGAGGUCCAAGGUACUCAAGAAGCCUCUCAAUGGCGUACUUACCAACGGGGUUAAUGGCUCAAGCAAGAAGAGGAGGCUAUCUCAUGGCAGCAGUUCCAUUGGCGACCAUAACUACGAAGACGAUGGCACUAGACUUGACGUGGGUUAUUUGAGCUUCUUAAAGCAAAAUGAGAAUCCGAAUCUGGUUGUACGCAUCAAUCAUGAGAAAUGCGCAGUAUUGCUCCGAAAUGCGCAGCUUGUGGAGGCCGUUAAAAAGAAACUUGGUGAUACAACAUCUCAAAUUUAUGCAGAACUCCUCAAACACCUAGAGAAGAAGAUUCCUAAGUGUGCGCAUGGCGCGACGGAAGAUGAGUAUCAAGAUCGUCCAUUGGUAUCGACUAGAGAUGUCGCAACUUCGCUCAGCAAAUCAGUCAACGUUUCACUCGGUAUAGGCAAGACAAUCGGCGAGGGUCCCAAAUCUGGGGAACUUGCUGGACCUAAGCUAGGAAGCCCACCGGUGAACAGGAAGCGCAAAGCUGGUGACCUCGAAGGAAGUGGGAGCGAGAAUGAGGACGACCCACCUAUUAACGGAAAUGGCAAUUCUCACGAGGUCGAUCAGGACGGCGAUGAUGUUUUCGCCGAUGCUCCUGCAGUAAAAUCUCCAAAGCGUCCAAAAGUCACAUUCCAGGACAAACUCCCAGAGCCAGAGGGUCUUCAUUCCCGGGAAGACCGUAUCUACCACGUAAAGGAGCAUAUGGCAUUACUGGCGGACGAUCAAUAUGGCUUCGUAACGAGGGAGGCGGACGGACAAGCGCCUGAAGCGGAGAUAGACAAAUUGGUCUUAGAAUUGUUCGGUGCGGCAGGUCAUCGUCUUGUACGAAUGCUACGACAGCUAGGAAAGCUUGACGAGAAGCACCUCAAGGAUACUACUCUCAUGAAGCAGAAAGACAUUCGCACGAAAUUGGCUGAGAUGCAGCUGUCGGGAUGGGUGGAUAUUCAAGAGGUUCCAAAGGAUGCCUCCCGUGGAGCGAACAACAAUCGUGUCAUCUUCCUCUGGUUCUUCGACAACGAGCGCUGCUCUUCACUCGUCUUGGACCACACCUACAAGUCAAUGUCGAGACUUCUCCACCGGCUUAAUGUUGAGAGACGUCGGGCAAAAUCAGUUCUCGAACUAACGCACCGCUCCGACGUUCGCGACAAGCCACCCGACGAAUAUCUCAUGCCUGCACAACUGAACGAACUUCACGCCUUUCAGGAUAGGGAGGAUAUGUUACUAGGUCAGCUGGGCAGACUUGAUGAGAUCGUGGGCAUUUUCAAGGACUAUUAG